AAUCAUCCACGAGACUUUUGGGAUAGGUCAGGGAGAAGGGGCAAGUGGUGUUAAUGUGGCGGAGAGCGAUGAGGGCACACGCUGUUUUCUUGCUGUUGAUGUGUUGUUGUGCUGGUUACGCUCAGUAUGAGAAGUACAGUUUCCGAAGCUUUCCUCGGGACGAGUUGAUGCCGUUGGAUUCGGCGUAUCGUCAUGCGCUGGACCAGUAUUCGGCGGAGAACUGGCAGGAGAGUGUGGAUUACCUCGAGAUGAGCCUCCGCCUGCACCGUCUGCUCCGCGACAGUGAGGCUUUCUGUAACCUCAACUGUAGCUUAGUAUUACCAGACCAAACCUCUCGUUUCAGUGGCUUUCCCGAGCUCCAGCUCUUCGGCAGCAUCAUGAAGAGAGCACAGUGUCUCCGCAGGUGUAAACAGGGCUUGCCUGCUUUUCGCCAAUCUCAGCCCAGUAGAGAAACUCUGGAGGACUUCGAGAAGCGGGAGGUCUACAAAUAUCUGCAGUUUGCUUACUUUAAGGUACAGAAUGUUCCUAAAGCCAUAUCGGCAGCUCAUACCUUCCUUCAGAAGCACCCCGAUGAUGCGAUGAUGCAGCAGAACAUGGAUUACUACAAGUCUUUGCCAGACUCAGAUGACUUCAUGAAUGAUCUGGAGGUGAAAAAUUAUGAGAAUCUGUUCAUCCAAGCGGUGAAAGCUUACAAUGGUGAGAAUUACCUGCCAUCUAUCACAAACAUGGAACUGGCCAUCCCAGAAUACCUCAAGGCAUAUGAUGAAUGUAUUGCUGCCUGCGAGGGUCCGAGAGAGGUGAAGGAGUUUAAAGAUUUCUACCCCUCAAUAGCAGAACAUUAUGCUGAAGUACUACAGUGCAAAGUGAAGUGUGAGCAUGACCUAACCCCAGUCAUUGGAGGCUUUCUUGUGGAGAAAUUUUUUGCUACUAUGUACCACUAUUUGCAGUUCGCUUAUUACAAACUCAAUAAUCUGAAGAAUGCAGCUCCAUGCGUAGCAACGUACUUGUUGUUUGAUCCUGAAGAUUCAGUGAUGAAACAGAAUUUGGUGUAUUACCAAUACCAUAAGCUGAAAUGGGACCUGACGGAGGAGGAUUUCCUGCCGAGACCAGAGGCUUUACGAUACUACAACCAGACCAAUUUUCAGUUGCAAAUGUAUGAAUUUGCCAAACAACAUCUACAAGCUGAUGAUGAAGAUGAAGUAUUGGAGUAUAUUGACGAUCUUCUGGAGGAAGCAGACAGUUAAUAUUAGCAACGGAGCAGAGUCUGCAGUAAAGACUGUUGGUUAAAAAAAUGAAAUGAAUCCAUGUCUCCAGCUGCCUCAACUCAGGAAAAUUUCCUCAAAUUCUGAACUCUUCCCAUAUGAGCUUAAAGUCUUAGUGUUUUUUUUAAUAUAAACCUCUGUUUGUUCAUCUAUGUGCCUGAGUGGCAGCCCUAUUUUCUUUUAUUUGGAGAUGUGCCUUUUAUUACUUAAUAGAAAUUUUUUAGCUUUAAGCUGUUGCCUAAUUAUACAUUUAGCUUCCAUUAUGUUCAUUUUCAUUUCUUCUCCAAUCUAGCUCAGAAAUAGUUUCUAGAGAUGAAAACCAUCACAGCUUCUUCAAAAUUUUUCCAGGCUGCUAUCUCAGAUCAUUGGACUGUUGUUUUUGUUUUCUGUGGUUGUACUGAUAUUCUUUUUUAAAAAAAAAGACUGUUUAUCCGGUUUCUUCCAAAACCUAAAUGACGUUUAAAGACACUUGGCAUACAUACCAUAUGUAGUUGGUUUAACUGGCAUGCUUUCCAUUUCUGUGCAACUUGGUUAGUUUCAGUGCUAAAUGUCGUCCUGAAUCAGCCCCAAGAUCAUGUCGAUCUUAACUGUAGGGGAGCUGAAUUUUCGAAAGCAGUAAAAUCUGCUUCAUGGAUUCACACUGAAUAGAGGUAUCAGUCAAUAAUAUGCGUUCACAUUAUUAUCCUUCACAUCUAUCAGGAUUAAAUUUAGCACUACCAGUGAGAAUGGAAACCAUGUAGGUGCUGUUUGAUCUAAUUGGCAGGAACCCAUUUAAUAAUAAUGGGAAAUCUCAUAUUUAGAAAAAGAUAUUAUGUGGAUUUUUUGCAAGUUGUGGAGAAGAAUUUUUUGGUAUAAUUUUUGUUUAAACAUGUGAUUUAAAAAGUAUACAGAUUGGAAAGUUCAGAAAUGUUUACUGAUUAUGAUUCUAUAUCAAGGACUUAAACCAAACUUGUUUCGUAUUUGCCUCAGGAUUCCACUAGCUGCACUGCCUCAAUGCCAGGGAAAACAUUGACUCAUUUAUUAAUGUUUGAAUAUAGACCCUUGAUGCUGUUUGUAGAGAGUCAAUGUGAAAAACCCACAACUAAUCCUUCAGCGCAGCUGCCUUGUGCCUGGACACUUGGUUGUGAGCCAUGCCUUAAACAGCAACCCCUUUUACACAGUCACUGAUGGAUUGAAUAACAUAGUGUAAACUCACCGAAUGAUUAGAGAUUCUCACAAAACAACUGCUGUCUUGAUAACAUGAAUUGUCUGUAAUCUUUCUGGCCCCAAAAAGCUCUUUUCAGAAGAAACUAAAUCAGAUACAUUUGAAAUCGCAUGAAGGUGUAUAGGAGUGCAAAUCACAAUACUAACCUUUGUUUGGUCAUUUGCACCAACCUCAACCAAAAAAGAACCCAAAGCCUGCCCUUAAAUUCUUUCCAUGUUCACUUCAGGUCAAAAACUAUGUUUUUAAUGUAUAACCCAAACUGCUUGAAAAAUAGAAAAGAAAUAAAUUUAUUUAACUGAGAUUUAUAUUUGAUAUAAAGCAAACUGACAAAUAGUAUGAUAUAGACAGCCAAUCAUUUGCUGCUUCCUUACAAUUACUCGACUGGACUUAUCCCACACCUCCAUCCCCACCUUCAUCUCCUCCCUGCCCCGAUAUUAUGAUCUUCACUCUCUUUUUUUUGUAUCUCAAUGCAUCAUGUCUGGAUGUGAACAGCAACAUUCUUGUGGUAAAUCCUGUUUUUUUUUUCAAAAAAAACAUGAAUCAUGUUAAUUUGGCAGUAUUAAUCUUUCUUUAUACACUACAGCCAUUGUGUGCCUAUUUUAUCUUUAGAAAAGGAUAUAAUUUGUACAACUGGGUGCAAUAAACUAAAAUA